AUGUGGCCGCGAACGACGACCGUCCGUGAAACGUUUCUUCUCUGGUUCUUCUUCCGUGCACCAUGGCUCGCCGAAUCUUUUUAUAACGGUGCUGGUAACGGUACGAGUUCGGAAAGAAAUGCGUCCCAGGAUCACGGAAGGUUGGGAAAGUGCGUGGGAUUGGACAACGAAUUGGGACGCUGCGAGUACUUCAGCAAGUGCUUCGGCCACGAGUACGGAUCGGAUUUUGCGCUCGCGAUUAACCACUCGUGCGCUAUCGAGCAAACAUACGUCGGCAUUUGUUGCGCGAACCAUCAGGGCAAAGUACGAGAAAAAUCCGUGGGCGAAGAAAGCUUGGCCGAAACUCUUCCGCUGAUAGCUAUUUCGAAGGAGAAGGAGGUGGCCCUCCCCGGUAACGGGAGCAGAAUCAUUUGGACGGAGGAGGAGAGCGAGGCGUCGGCGAAUGGGUCUCGAAACCCGGAAAGACCAAGGGGUUGCGGAACAACGUGGAAAAGUCGAGGCAAAUUGGUGGGCGGUAGACCGGCCGAUCCCACCGAAUGGCCCUGGAUGGCGGCUAUUCUAAGAAAGGAUCAGAUCCAGUACUGUGGCGGCGUGCUUGUCACCGACAGACACGUAUUAACAGCCGCGCAUUGCGUGUUCAGGUUUCAGCCACGGGACAUCAAAGUCAGGCUCGGUGAAUACGAUUUCGAGUCGGCGGAGGAGAGCAGAUCUUUGGAUUUCGCCGUGUCGGAAAUUUUGACUCACCCGUACUUCGAUUACUCCACGUACGAAAAUGACGUAGCGUUAGUCAAACUGCAUCGACCGACCAUUUUCGAUAGUUACAUCUGGCCCGUGUGCUUGCCACCGAUAGGUCAGACGUUCGCGAACAAGAGCGCGGUGGUAACGGGUUGGGGUACCAAGUACUACGGAGGUCCCGUGAGUGCGGUGUUGAUGGAAGUAGACGUUCCUGUAUGGCCACAGGACAAGUGCGUACGAAGCUUCGUGCAACGAAUUUCCGACACCGCUAUGUGCGCCGGCGGCUACGAAGGUGGACGCGACUCUUGUCAGGGUGACUCGGGUGGACCGCUGUUACAUCAGCUCGGAAACGGCAGAUGGGUGAACAUCGGGAUAGUGUCUUGGGGGAUUCGGUGCGGCGAGCCAGGACGCCCUGGAAUAUACACACGAGUCAGCUCCUACCUCGAAUGGAUAUUCGAGAACGCCGUACUCUAGAUUCUGUAUCUUUGGUGUAUCUAUGGAAACGAUGAAACUUUAU